CAACGGAAAACGGAGUCUUGUUAAUUUCUUUUAUAAACUAUUCAAAAUCAAACAGAAAACUCUCAUCAAAAUAAAAAAGUUGCAUUUGUUUGGAUUUAAAUAAAAAUAAAAAAAAAAAGAAAAUAACCUUGACUUGUCUGCUUGAGUCAGCAGAAGUCUUUGCCAGCAGUGCAAUAGGCGAAUCAACAAAUUGUGGGAGCGAAACGCGUGUUCCUUAUGUUUAGAAAUUUAUUUAUGUUAAUCGUAUCAGUGAUUAGUUAUAUCUCCAUUCAUGAUUAAUGAAACUCUAUAGUAAAUAAAAAGAAGACAAUCUUGAGUUUCAAAUGCAAGUGGAAUUCUGAUGAUUCCUCAUAAAACAAGAAAAAUGUCUACAAGCUACAAUGAUAUUCCUUUCGGUGUAAAAACUAUUUUAAAACUAUCACAAAAAUGCUGUCCCAGAGCAAUAUUUCCAAAGUUUUUUCUGUUCAAAUCCUCAAUUCUAGUGCUAACGUAUCUCUCCUAUACGUGCUAUCACAUGACCAGAAAGCCAAUUUCUGUCGUUAAAUCCGUCCUGCACAUAAAUCACACAAAUCCAGACAACACCACAACAGAAGGUGGCUAUGCACCGUUUCAUGGACAUGAUGCUCAAACACUUUUUGGAGCCUUAGAUUCGGCUUUUCUCUUUUCCUACGCAGCAGCAAUGUUUGCCUCAGGUUUCGUUGCCGAACGUGUAUCACUUCGUUAUUUUCUUGCUUUUGGAAUGAUGCUAUCAGGCAUUUUCUCGUAUCUCUUUGGAAUUGCCAAAACGUAUAACAUUCACAGCCUAUGGUACUUCCUGAUUAUACAAGCGUGUGCGGGUAUUGUUCAAACAACAGGUUGGCCCGGUGUUGUAACUGUUGUCGGUCGUUGGUUUGGCAAAUCGAAACGUGGACUUAUAUUUGGAAUCUGGAACAGUCACACUUCGAUUGGAAAUAUUCUUGGUUCUUUGAUUGCAGCACACUACGUUGAAAGUGAUUGGUCAAUGUCGUUUAUUGUUCCCGGUGUUAUAGCUGCUGUGUUGGGUUUUAUGAUAUUUUUGUUUCUUGUCGAUUCUCCUGAACAAGCUGGUUUUCACCAGAGACCAUCAAUUGAUGACCGAAUAUCAAAUUCUUCUGAUAUUGAAGAUGGAGCUGCUGCUGAUUUUCGAAAUGCGGCUGGUAUCGAGAAUCUAUCUAACAUAAUCAAUGUGGAUUCUGAAGUGAGCUACCGGCCAACGGAAAGAACACCUAUUCUGGAGAGAUCACAUUCUCUGAAUUCUUCCCAGGAUCGAAGACCUAUAGGAUUAAUCGGUGCACUUAGCAUACCGGGAGUAAUUGACUUUUCUUUGUGCUUAUUCUUUUCCAAACUCGUAAGCUACACCUUCUUGUAUUGGCUGCCACUAUACAUUCAAUCGUCAACUACAUUGGGCGCUAGUUUAAGCGCUGAUUUAUCAACUGUAUUUGACGUGGGAGGCAUUAUUGGAGCAAUCACAGCUGGCAUGAUAUCCGAUUAUACUGGAAUGUCAGCAACAACAUGUUCAAUCAUGCUAUUUCUUGCUUGUCCAGUCUUACUUCUUUAUAAUCAUUAUGGAGCUAUUUCAUUGACCAUCAGUAUUGGUUUACUGUUUUUGGGAGGAAUUUUGGUUAAUGGUCCAUAUGCUCUUAUUACAACAUCUGUAAGUGCUGAAUUGGGUCAGCAUAGUUCCUUGGAAGGAAAUUCAAAAGCUUUGGCUACAGUUACAGCUAUUAUAGAUGGCACUGGUUCAAUUGGUGCUGCGGUAGGUCCAUUGGUAGCAGGGAUGAUAUCUAGCCAAGGAUGGGAAAAUGUUUUUUAUAUGUUAAUAUUUUCCAAUGUAAUUGCUAUGACCAUGCUUGCAAGAUUGGUUAUAAAGGAGUUAUCUAAAUUAAAAAGAAAUACGCGAAGAGAAUAAUCGAUAGGUCCCAAAUAAAGUAUCUUUGUUAUAGAUAGUGAUAUUUUCCAUACAACUUAGUUAUACAUAAUGUAUGUAUUAAAAAUUAUUGCUAAGAAAUAAAAACAAUAUUCUGCUUACAUGUUUAUUCUAGCCAAAAUUAGUUAUGUAAGUAGAAUUCUUUUUUUUUAUCAAAAAAACAACGAGUUGAAUAAAAUUACAUAAUUUUUUUUUCUACGUCUUUCUACAAAACUACUAUUUUUUGUAAUGUUAUUAGCACACUUUUGUUUAAAUAUAAUUAAAUGUAAAUAAACACUUUUAUACUAUUUAUUUA